GCCUCAUGGGACUUGUAGUUUGGAAACAGCUGGAGGGCCGCCAGUUUGACACCUCUGUUGCGAAACUACAAGUCCCAUCAUGCCUCUGCCUUUGGGAGUCAUGCUUGUAACUGUCAACCUUGCAAUGCCUCAUGGGACUUGUAGUUUGGCAACAGCUGGAGGGCGGCCAGUUUGACACCCCUGUUGUGAAACUACAAGUCCAUCAUGCCUCUGCCUUUGGGAGUCAUGCUUGUACCUGUCAAUUUUGCAAUGCUUCAUGGGACUUGUAGUUUGGCAGCAGCUGGAGGGCCCCCAGUUUGAUCCUGUGCU